AUGGCGAUAGCAGCAGCAGUGUCCUCAUUGCAACAAAACGUCCUUCGACACCCUCUCCAGUCUCUGGCCGUAACAGCACUGGUUGUACCGAUAAUUUAUAUCGUCAUAAAUGAGUUUAUUCGUGCAUCUGCUCGCGUACCAGGAUUCAAGGGUCCCCGCGGUCUCCCUUUGAUCGGAAACCUGGCACAAAUUCGCAAAAAUGCGGCCGAACAGUACCGUAUAUGGUCAAAGACCUACGGGCCCGUCUACCAAAUUCAACUGGGUAAUAUACCCGUCAUAGUCGUCAACUCGGCUGCCGCAGCAAAGAUACUCUUCGGCCAAAAUGCGCAAGCCGUCAGCUCGAGACCCGAGUUCUAUACUUUUCACAGAAUUGUUUCGAACACCGCUGGAACGACAAUCGGAACUUCUCCCUAUAGUGAGUCUCUGAAAAGGAGAAGAAAGGGCGCUGCAUCGGCUCUCAACCGACCAUCGGUCGAGUCGUACGUGUCACACUUGGAUGUGGAGACAAAGGCGUUUGUGGCAGAGCUUCUUAAAUAUGGAAAUGGCGGAAAGACACCUGUGGAUCCUAUGGCAAUGAUCCAGCGUCUCAGUCUGAGUUUAUCCUUGACGCUUAAUUGGGGAGUGCGAGUGGCAUCACAAGAGGAAGAUCUGUUCGAUGAGAUUACGCAUGUGGAGGAGGAGAUCAGCAAAUUUAGGAGCACCACGGGCAAUUUGCAGGACUACAUUCCCCUCUUGCGGCUGAACCCCUUCAGCACCAACUCGAGGAAAGCAAAAGAGAUGAGAGACCGGCGUGACAGAUAUCUUAAUGCGCUUAACCGGGACCUGGAUGACCGGAUGGAGAAAGGCAUUCACAAGCCUUGCAUUCAAGCCAACGUUAUUCUCGACAAGGAAGCAAAAUUGAAUAAAGAAGAACUCAUCUCUAUCAGCUUGACCAUGCUCUCCGGAGGCCUUGACACUAUUACCACACUCGUGGCUUGGAGUUUUUGUCUACUGUCUCGUCGCCCUGAUAUCCAGAAGAAGGCGGCACAAGCGAUCCAAGACAUGUUCAGCCAGGAUGAGCCCUUGUGCGAUGCCCAAGAUGACCAGAAGUGCGCAUACGUCGCUGCACUCGUGAGGGAAUGCCUGAGAUAUUAUACCGUCCUCCGUCUUGCGCUUCCGCGGACCUCUAUCAAAGACAUCACUUAUGACGGCAAGGUUAUUCCGAAGGGCACGGUCUUCUUUCUGAAUUCUUGGGCUUGUAAUAUGGACCCCGAAGUUUGGAGCGAUCCCGAGGAAUUCAGACCGGAGAGAUGGUUUGAACAACCAGAUGCACCCAUGCUGACCUAUGGCAUCGGCUAUCGCAUGUGCGCCGGCUCACUACUCGCUAACCGUGAAUUGUACCUGGUCUUCAUGCGCACUCUAAACAGUUUCUAUAUCGAACCACAUGACGACGUUGACUGGCACCCCAUUAAUGGGAACUCGGACCCCACAAGUCUGGUCGCGAUUCCCAAGAAGUACAAGGUCCGCUUUGUUCCAAAAAAUGAGCAAGCCCUUACACAAGCCUUGGCUUAA